AUGUAUAAUUAUGCGAAUGAGUUAUAUGAGAAAAAGUUUUGUGAUUUAACAAUUAAAUUGAACAAUGAAAUUUUUAAAUAUGCGGAUUUUGUUAAAAUUAAAAAUAAAUGGAAAGAAAUUGAUGCUGUAUACAGUUAUUGCUGUGAGAAUAAAUGUAUAAAUACAACCAAUCCUACUGGUAGUUGUAUUAAAGGAAAUGGGUUCAUAAAUUUAAUUAAUGAUGAAAAUAUUAAAUAUAUUUUGGGGAAAGGAGGUUCUAAUAGUGUUGUUAAAGUUUAUGCAGAAAAUUCAUUCAAAAAACCUCAAAAUUGUUUUAAACAUUGUUUAUAUUAUUUUGAAGUUAAAUGUAUAUUUGAAGGAGAGUUGAAUAAAGGAGUAAAUUUUAUGAGAAUUGGACUUAAAAAUUGUAGUACAAAUAAAUAUAUUUACUAUACAGCAACGGAAUCUAUCAUUUAUAACGAGAAAUUAAUAUCAUUUAAACUUUCAACAAUUUUUAAUAAUAAUGAUAUUGUUGGUUGUGGAUUAGUUUAUCCACCAACAAAUAAAUUAAUUGAAGAAUUUCCUUAUGUUUUCUUUACUCAAAAUGGAAAACAAAUUGGUAAAAGUAUAUUAUUAAAAGAAAAUUUUGAUUCAUAUAUAAUAUGUGUUUUGUUGCGAUGUUGUUUCGUCGAAGCUAAUUUUGGCAAUGAUUUGAAGACUAAACCUUUUAAAUAUGAUAUUUCGAAACAUUUAGUUCUUAAAGAAUUUCACUGA